AUGGAGCCUCUAGCAGGAGACCAGGGGGAAGCAGUAGAACAAGAUACAGAGGAUCCUGCUGAGUUCUUGUAUAUAGAAAAUCCAGAGUUAAGAAAGUUUCAAGGUUUGAAUGUCACUGCUGAGACAAUUAGCUUAUGGUACCAGGAGCGAGCACGGGAAAUUGAGAAAUGUAGUCAUUUUGUUGAUGCUGCAUUAGAUUUGCUCAAGCUUGGUCGGGAAAGAAAUGUUGAGAAUCUUGAGGAACUUCAUGAUACUCUAGAUACCUUGGAAGUUUUGGUGUAUGAAGCAGGCCUUUACUCCAUGACUCUAGAUACCUUCACCAACUUAGAUGAUUCUGAGAAGAUUGUGCAGCUGAUGUCAACAAGUACACCAGAGACAUAUAUUCAGAACAUUCGCAGGUGGCUUAUCCCAUUUCUUACUCGGUGUGAAAAAUGGAAACCUGGAAGUGCAAAGAAACUGCUGCAUGAUUAUAUUGUAACUACUGCAAAAGAGGAUCUUGGCCUUCCUUUGAAGAUUUUACAGCAUUCACGACCAGAUCAACAAGCUCCAAUUAUAUCAUCUCCUGAAGAAAUGAUGACAAUUGCAUUGGAAUGUGUGUAUACUUGUGAAAAAGAAAACCAACUUAUGCGAGCUUUUGCCAUUUUUGAAUGUCUUCCAGUGAGGGAAUCAGGGAAGGGUACAUCAGAGAAUCUAACCAAGUUACAUGAUUUAGCAGAUGCAAUGGAAGCCCACUUAACAGCUGCUGAGCUUCUCAGCAACUAUGGAGUCUGUGUCACCCCCUGUCAACUCAGACAAUUACAAUCUGAUAGGGAUAAAGUACGAGAAAUACUAACAAAGUUAACCAGAGCAGCUGCAAGAAGAGAACCAAGGUUGACUGACAGUGAUUGGCGAAAGCUGCUUUAUGAUAUGCUAGAGUUACAGCAAAAAGUCUUCACAUGUGUAGAACCUCUAGUAUGUUUUGAGUUGAUGGUUGCGAAGCUGCAGCCUCUGCAGCUGUCUAGACCUCCUGAGCUGCGUGGUAAUGUUGUUGGAGGUUGUGUUACGCUGCGGGACGUCACAGCUAAUAUGAUCGUCGUUGCCUGCAGGAGUAUCUUGUUCAGGGGUGUCAUCUUCCGUAGAGUUGUCAUGUUGGUGGCAGGUCUUCUCAUACUAGAAACCAUUGACAUCAUCCUUGAGCGUGUCUACAGGAGUCAGUCGACAGCGCCCCUCAACAUACCCGAAGCCUUGCUCCGUAUGCUGCUGGAGAUCUGCACCAAGAAGGCCCCCUUCUCCACCCACCGUGGCCAGAUGUACCCCCAGAAGGAUGGCGUAGCAAUGGGCUCCCCACUGGGGGUCCUCUUCGCUAACUUUUACAUGGACACCGUGGAGGAACGAGUCUUUGCCAGGAUGCAGCAACCUCUCAGAUAUAGGUGUGACAUCGACGAUAUCUUUGUUCAAGUCGAUGCCGAGGAUGAGGUAGAAGCCCUCCGUACAAGACCCCCUGAAGCAGAUGUAUGUGGCAUACCAAUACACAUGCCCACUCCGCGGUUGCAGCGGUGCCUACAUUGGAUCUUCCUCCUCCUCCUCGCUGCUGCUAGAGAACUCUUCCUGAACGACAUUAUGUUACAUGGCCUCCAAGUCCUCCAGGUCAUCCGUCGUAAGCUCCUCUUGGUGCUCCUCAAGAAGGUCAUUGAUGUCGUCCUCGUCAACGACCAGCCCCACGGACUUGCCGAGUACAAUGAUCUCGUCGAGAUCUGGUUGCAAAACAGUUUCAGGAUCGUCCACUGUUUCUGA